AUGUGGCAAAGGGAACGAUUCCAGUGGGAGGAGGAUCAAUACCGUGAGUUUGCUGAGAUUAUCGCCCCGUUUUUUCCCUUGGAUAAUCAUGAUAAGUGGUUGUGGCUUGGAGAUGGAAUGCAGGGAUUUACUGUUAAAUCAGCAUAUCUACAAUUGGAAAAUAUGGCGAAUAAUCCGAGGAUUCUAGAACCUGUGGACUUUGUGUUUAAAAGGCUCUGGAAGUGUGCACCACCUUCUAAGGUGGCCUGCUUUUGUGUGGCGAUUGUUACUAAACCGUGUGCAGACCAAGGAGAAUUUAUUCAAACGCAAGAUGCUGCGUGUAGAUCAACAAACGUGUGGUGGUUGGGUGUUACUCUAAUUAUUCCCCCAAAUCUCACCACCUCCUUUGCUAUGUGGGCUACUUGUGUCACAAACAAGAAGGAAAAGGCAGGGAUGUGUUUGAUUUGGAAUGCUUUUGUGUGGGUGGUGUGGAAGAGACGAUACGAUUCCGUGUUUAACAAUGCUACAGUCACGGUAGAUGAGAUUGUGGAGCAAAUAAAGGUUGUGUUGUGGCAAUGGUUUAUUGGAAGGAUGGCGCCGUGUUUUCUAUACGAAUGA